GCGCCGCACUGCCGUUUUGUUUCGUCUCGUUCCGCUUGGCUUCUCUUCCCUCGCCCGCGCCGUCAAACACCCACGCUCCCCCGCUCGCGCCAACACGUGUAGGAGAGAGGUAGAGAGGAAGAGUCUAGAAAAAUCUCGCGGAGAGCCACAGAGCGUAGCUAGCCAGCCUCGUCGGUCUCCAUGGGGGCGGGGAAGGAGGCUCCCGGCGCCGUCGAGGGCGCCGCCGAGCCGCCGCCGCCGGUCGUGCUCAAGAUGGUCUUGCAUUGCGCCGGCUGCGCCAAGAAGGUCCGCAACAGCAUCAAGAGCAUGCCCGGUGUGCAGUCGGUGGUGGCCGACGCGGCGGCGAACAGGGUCGUCGUGGCGGGGACGGCCGACGCGGCCGCGCUCAAGGCGCGGAUCGAGUCCCGGACCAAGAAGCCCGUCGAGAUCGUCUCCUCCGGCGCCGGCCCCGGCCCGGCCAAGCCCGCAGCAGCCCCCGCCGCGGCCGAGAAGAAGAGCCCCGACAAGGAGGGCGACAAGAAGGAUCCCGACAAGGGGGAUAAGGCCGGCGCCUCCAAGCCGCAGCCGCCCAAAGAGGAAGACGCGGCGAAGAAGCAACCGCCCACCCCCACCGAGGAGAAGAAGCCCACGGAGCUCCAGGAGACCACGGUGCUGCUCAAGAUCCGCCUCCACUGCGACGGCUGCGCCGACCGCAUCAGACGCCGGAUAUACAAAAUAAAAGGGGUCAAGCAUGUGGAGCUGGAGGGCAAUGCCAAGGACGAGGUCAAGGUCACGGGCACCAUGGACGUCCCCGCCAUGGUGGCGUACCUGACCGAGAAGCUCAACCGCGCCGUCGAGGCCGUCGCGCCCGGCAAGAAGGACAAGGGCGCCGGCGACGAGAAGAAGAACAACAAGGGCGCCGGCGACGCCGAGAAGAAGACAGACAAAGAGGCGGGCGGCGACCACGUCGUCAUGAGCCAGGACAAGGGGAAAGGCAUCGAGGUGGCGGGCCCGUCCAUGGCGUCCGCCGCGGCCUCCGUGGCGCCCGCGCCGGUCCAGGCGAGGACGCACCACGUCUCGCCGUACGGCCAGGUGCCGUACCCGCAGCCGCAGGGGCCCCCGCCCAGCUACUACAGCCCCUACGGCGGCAAUGCCGACGGCGCGGGGUACGCCGGCGCCGGCAGCGGCAGCGGCGGCUACUACCAACAACAGCAGCACCCCAGCGCCAACGGCUACUACCAGCAGCAGCACCCGGGCGGCGACGCCGGCGGCUACUACCAGCAGCAGCACCCCAGCGGCGGCUACUACCAGCAGGAGCACCCCAACCACCAGGCGUACCAGCCGUACCCGCCGCCCUACCACUUCGACACGGCGCCGCCCUCGCAGAUGUUCAGCGACGAGAACCCCAACUCCUGCUCCGUCAUGUGACGCGACCCGCCGCCCGAAAACUCAUUCAUCAGCGCCGACGACCUGCGCUCGCCGGCCGGCCGGCCGGCCGGCAGAAGAGCAAUGCUGACAUACUAGCAGACAGCGACGAGAGGCUCCACUAGCUUAGCUUAGCCCUAGUUUUUACUCGGACCAGAGGCAUCCAUCCUCCAUAACCGAUGCGUGCCUCCGAUCAAAUUUUGGUUCCCCUGCCUUCCAUCGCGCGUCCGAUGGUCGAUCUUGUUCCUGCCACGAGCUCCAUUGCUUAAUUAAUUUGAUUUUAAGCCCCAGUGGUUUGGCUAAA